AUGACUAGAGCUAAAAUAGAACUUGGCGAUGUCACUCCGCAUAAUAUAAAGCAAUUAAAGAAGUUGAAUACGGUCGUAUUUCCUGUAUCUUAUAAUGACAAAUUCUACAAAGACGUUUUGGAGGCUGGCGAACUCGCGAAACUCGCGUACUAUAACGAUAUCGUAGUUGGUGCAGUGUGCUGCAGGAUAGACACUUCAGAGAAUUCGAGGAGAUUGUAUAUAAUGACCCUGGGAUGUUUAUAUCCGUACAGGAGAUUAGGCAUUGGCUCUCUGAUGGUUGAACAUGUGCUCAAGUUUGUUGAACACGACGGAAAUUUCGAUAGUAUUUUCCUACAUGUUCAAGUCAAUAACGAGAGUGCAAUAGAUUUUUACAAGAAAUUUGGCUUUGAAGUAGUUGAAACCAAGGAACACUACUACAAAAGAAUAGAGCCAGCCGAUGCACAUGUUUUGCAGAAAACAAUCAGACAGACAAAUGCGACUGCAGCUCCAUUACUCAAUGGAAACGUCCCACACGCUAAAACAAACGGGCAUGAUUGA